UUGAAUACAAGUUCGAGUUCUGGAGAUCUUCACCUCACUAUCUCUUCUCCAGACCCACACCCAAAUCCGCACUCACUGCUCAGGGAGGUCCCAAAGGUUGCUCAGGUACACUAAGGACACAUCCGUGGACAGGCUCUCUCUCUCUCUAUCUCUCUCUCUCUCUCUCUCUCUCUCUCUCUCCAGAACUCGAUGACGAGCUCCAGCUUGAUCAAGUGUGUUCUACUUUCCAUUGGAGCUAUUCUACUCGUCACCAGUUCUGUGGACGCCCAACUAUCUACUACAUUCUACGCAUCCAAAUGCCCCAACGUCACGGCCAAAGUCGCUGAUGUGAUAAAAGGAUGGAUUAAAAGCGAUAGGCAAAUGGGACCGGCCCUCCUGCGCCUUUACUUCCACGACUGCUUUGUUCGGGGCUGUGAUGCGUCUGUUCUUUUAGACGGAAGUCAGAGCGAGAAGCAGGCUGCAGGAAACUUAAACUCUCUGCGUGGGUUCAACAUUAUUGACGAUGUCAAAGCUAAAGUCGAAGCUAUGUGCCCGGGAGUCGUCUCCUGCGCUGAUAUACUGGCCCUUUCGGCAAAAGAAGCCAUGGCAGCGUUCGGAGGAAUCACAUGGACUGUUACCUUGGGUCGAAGGGAUGGAAUUGUCUCUUCGGUAACAGAAGGAAACAGCGAUUUGCCUCCUCCUUUUGCCAAUUUCACUCAAUUGGUGUCGAUGUUUGCUAAGAAAGGGCUUACAAUGAAGGACAUGGUCAUUCUUUCUGGUGCCCACACCGUCGGCUUGACUCGCUGUGCGACCAUGCAGAGUCGGCUGUACAGCUUUUCCUCAUUGACACCCACUGAUCCCACAAUCGAGCCGAGUUUCGCCACCACGCUGAAGAAGCAGUGCAAACAGGGCGAUCAGAACACAAUCAUCAAGAUGGACCAGAGCAAGACAACUGACACCUGGGACUUCAAUUUUUACUCGAACGUCAUCAAAGGAAAGGUCGUUUUUCAGUCCGACCAAGCCUUGAGGACGGAUUCCGCUGCCUUCCAGAUAGUGCAAGCCCAAAACAAGGCCGGGGGCCCCUUCAACUCAGAGUUCCAAGCUGCUAUGUUGAAGUUGGGAAACAUUGGCGUUCUCACGGGCAACCAAGGCCAAAUUAGAAAGAAAUGCAACAAAAUCAACUGAUCGAUCAUUAGUAAGCUAGAAGAUCUCUGGGAGUCCGCCUCGAUCGCUUCACGAUACGGGAGCUGCGAUGUGGAGAGAUUUUUGCACAAUUAAAUUGAACUUGUAGACUCGAAUGCAGGUGUUACUACCUCUUGCUUCUGCAAUCAAGGCAGCGCACCACUUAGAAAUCAUCUAAUUAUUCGUACAGGGGUUCAAAUCUGUACGUUUUGAAACUAACCUGAUCUUCUGACUAGUAUCUAAACUAGCUUAUCUUCACAUGUAGAUAAGUGAACCUGUCCUCAUCAACUAAUUGCAAGAAAAAUAGGGAGCAUUGUCAAUUUUGACAUAAUCAUGCUACUUUAAGACUGACAGUGGUAACUAGUGAAAGUGAUUCGUUCCAUGCGCGAGCAGCAUUUAGAGUGUCCUUCGCUAGUCAAACAGAAUCUGAAAUUCAUUUAUUAGAAUUUCCGGAAAAAACCGUAAUAAAACCUAGAAUUUGCC